CGGCUGGACGCCAGGGUCUGCCUUGGCCCGGGCCCUUCGCGCCGCGCGGCCGUGUCCGCGGACUCGCCUCCCGGAGCCGGCCGGCAGCAUGUACCACAACAGCAGCCAGAAGCGGCACUGGACCUUCGCCGGCGAGGAGCAGCUGGCGCGGCUGCGCGCCGACGCCAACCGCAAGUUCAAAUGCAAAGCGGUGGCGAACGGGAAGGUUCUUCCAAAUGAUCCAGUCUUUCUUGAGCCUCAUGAAGAAAUGACUCUCUGCAAAUACUACGAGAAAAGAUUAUUGGAAUUUUGUUCAGUGUUUAAACCAUCAAUGCCGAGGUCUGUGGUGGGUACAGCCUGCAUGUAUUUCAAGCGUUUUUAUCUUAAUAACUCAGUAAUGGAAUACCACCCACGGAUAAUAAUGCUCACUUGUGCAUUUUUGGCCUGCAAAGUAGAUGAAUUCAAUGUAUCUAGUCCACAGUUUGUUGGAAAUCUGCGGGAGAGUCCUCUUGGACAGGAGAAGGCACUUGAACAGAUUUUGGAGUAUGAACUGCUACUUAUACAGCAACUUAAUUUCCACCUUAUUGUUCACAAUCCUUAUAGACCAUUUGAGGGCUUUCUCAUUGACCUAAAGACCCGCUAUCCUAUGUUGGAGAAUCCAGAGAUUUUGAGGAAAACAGCUGAUGACUUUCUUAAUAGAGUUGCACUGACGGAUGCUUACCUUUUAUACACACCUUCUCAGAUCGCCCUGACUGCUAUUUUGUCUAGUGCAUCCAGAGCAGGAAUUACUAUGGAAAGUUACUUAUCAGAAACUCUGAUGCUAAAAGAGAACAGAACUGGCUUGUCACAGUUACUAGAUACAAUGAAAAGCAUGAGGAACUUGGUAAAAAAAUAUGAACCACCCAGACCUGAGGAAGUUGCUGUUCUGAAACAGAAGUUGGAGAGAUGUCACUCUGCUGAGCUUGCUCUUAACGUAAUUACGAAGAAAAGGAAAGGCUAUGAAGAUGAUGAUUAUGUCUCAAAGAAGUCCAAACAUGAGGAGGAAGAAUGGACUGAUGAUGACCUGGUAGACUCUCUCUGACCAUUUGAAAUUGAUCUGUCAAUGUUUACAAAUCAACAGAACGAUGGAACACUUCGGGCAUUUAAAUUUCUUUAAAAAUGAAAUAAUGUGAAAGCAUCAAAAUAUAGUAAACGUUUUUAUUUAUUCAGGGUAGCUUUAUACGAAGUAAAACAUCUUCAAAGGACUCAGAAUAGCACCUCAUUCAGAUAAUCUGCCUCCCCCAUAACUAAUAUGAAAUUUAGUCUUUCUGUAGUAGCCAAAUGAAAGCUGUAGUUUCUUUGCCUAUGAUGUUUUAAACAAACACAAUAAGAAAACAUCCCUUUUGAAAAAAGACACCGUGAAAAACAAAACUUAGUAUUCAGCUUUAAACAUGCUAAGGAAUGCUUUUUGCUCUCCAGAAACCUUUAUGUAUGGCUUCUCAAAUGGCAUCCUGAUAUAAUUAACUAUUUGUUUGUUACUACUUAAUUAUACAGAAUGUACUUCAACUGUUAUGUGAUAUUGAUAGCUUAGUCACUCAAGGUAUGGGGAUAUUUGUUUUUCCUAAUCAGUUAACUGAAAACAUGUCCAAAAGGUUUUUUUUUUAAUACUGAUUUUAGAGAUAGAGAGAAACAUGGUUUAUUUAUGCAUUCAUUGAUUGAUUCUUGUAUGUGCCCUGGCCAAGGAUCAAACCUGCUACCUUGGCAUAUGGGGACAGUGCUCUACCAUCUAAGCUACCCAGCCAGGGCCUCUGAGUGGCCCUUUUUUUUUUAAAGAGGAAAUCAAUCAAAUAAACAGUCUUUAGUAGCUGUCUAGACAAAAACCUAAGUUGCUAAAGGUAAGGUAGAUAGUAGCAAGUUGUAUGUUCACUUUUAUAAUUAACCUGUUAGUAACCCAGGUAAACCCAUGUAAAUGUGUUACAGUUACUAGAAAUUUUUCAGGGUGAAUAUAAAAACACAAAGGCACAGACUGUUGGCACCUAAUCACUUGUGGCUCUGAGCAAGUUAUUAAAGCCCUCUGUGUCCAUUUCCCAAGGUGAAAAAUGGGGAAAAUAAUACCUAUCCUCACAGGAUUACUUAGAAUAGUGCCUCUGUAUAUUAAGUGUUCAAACAAAUGUUGGCCAUUACAGCAUGUUUAUUAUUAAUUGUAAUCUUAACCAUUUUCUACAUUGGAACCAAAUUCUGGACACCUGUCAAAUUUUAUGGAACACUGGGCUAAAGGAAUUCUGAGAAACUCUCAAUCUAAGUUUUGUGGAUACACCUGGCUGCGUUACUCACAUGAGUAUAGGUACUGUUUUAAUUACAUCUUGUAUUUGAGGGCAGUAUUUACACUACGUGUAUUCUCAUUUUAGGCAUAAGGUUUGGGGUUUGUUUUGUUUAUUUUUCAUUUCCUUCUCAUUGAAUGGGAGGAAUAAAAUCGAUGGAAGUGAUUUUACAAAAGUGGAAAAAAGCCUAAAUUGGCAGUCCUCCAGUGCAGUCCAUCCAGGUUAAGUACCAGUGCUGCGAGGCUCCCGACAGAAUUCUGCAAGCUGUUCAUAGAUUACUUUCUCUUUUAGGUCACUAAACUUUGGUAUCAGAGCAAGGUCCACAUUUAUCUCAAAUUUUCCUACCUAGCCCAGUUUUAGAGGUUUUAUUUCAUGGCUGACCAGCUAGUUAUUGCAAGGCCUAAAGAGAUGAACAAGUUUCCUAUUCUAGAUAAAGAGACAAACAUAUUUAAAAAACAAGGCAGAAGAGGAAUUAGCACUUCAGAUUAAGGAGUGGCAGGUCAGUAUGACUGAGCCUGAGGUGUGAUUACUGGGAGGGCUUCAAAUGCAUAGGACUAAGUGUUGAACCUUUCCGCAUACUGUCAAAAGAGGCAUUUUGGAGAUGUUGCUAAUCCACAUUACUUUGUCCUCUAUCCUGUGAUAUGAGGGAAGAUGACCCAAGUUAGAUAUUACUGUGGCAAUCCACUUGAAAAACAAGAGGGAUGAAAAAGAAAGGAAAGUAAUACGAAAAACACACAAGGGGGGGGAUGGAAUUGAGUUGACCUAAAGAAAAAGGAGUACAGAGUGUGUUUGUUUUUUUUUGCUCUCAUUGUUCAACUGUGACUAUUAGCCACACCAAGGCUAGCUGCCUCCCCAGAAAUAAGUUUAUAUUGUACAGAACCUUUUAAAGCCUUGACUAGUUAACAGUAUUUUUUCCUAUAUUUUAAUCAGAGGGAUAGAGUAAAAUGUUGCUCUUGAAAUAUAAGCCUUUAGGAAAUUUAUUUACUGUAGAAAAGGUUGUCCCUAAUAUUUUCCCCUUGGUUCCUGUCUGACCUACUUUGAUAUGCUGCUGCGUACUUUUUACAUGCCCUCUCCUUUGCACAAUUACAGGAGUGAAGGAACGGUUGCUUAACAAAUACAUAAUGAAGGAAUUAAUAUAAUCUUUCCAAAGAGACCAUUAGAAAAAAAAGACUCUGGUACUAAAUUUGAACUAUCCCUAAACAAGGAAGAAAAUGAAAUUAAAUGCUUACCUGUAUUUAGAAAGAAGUAAUCAAUUAUUUAGUAUCCCUUGGUUUUAUUUUAACUUAACCCUUGUGAAUACUUCACAAAAAUACACAUACAGAAGCAAAUAAAACUAUACAAACUAAAUACCCAGCAGAUACAAUAAGUAGUCAGAAGUUCAAAAAUGGAUAGCUGUUAACAUGACUGAUGAGGUGGUCUGCAUAACCAAAAUCAACUUGGAAUAAAAGAAUACUUUCAACAAAAA